AUGAUUGAAACACUUGCAACAAGUGAGACUCCGGAACUGCUGUAUCAGCUGAAUGUGCUACUGGAACAGGAGUUAAGAUGUCAGCCGAAACUCUCAGGCCUGAGGCUAAUUGAAUCAGCUCAUGAUAACGGACUCCGGAUGACGGCAAGGCUGAGAGACUUUGAAGCAAAAGACCUGCUUAGUUUAAUUCACUUCUUUGGCUUUAGUACAGAGACGUUUUCUCUCGCUGUGAAUUACUUAGACAGAUUUUUAUCAAAAAUGAAGGUACAGCCAAAACACUUAGGCUGUGUUGGUCUAAGCUGCUUCUACUUGGCUGUGAAAGCAACUGAGGAAGAGAGAAAUGUUCCUCUAGCUGCUGAUCUGAUCCGAAUAAGUCAGUAUCGGUUCACAGUUUCUGACAUGAUGAGAAUGGAGGGGAUUCUUUUAGAGAAGCUAUGUGGAAAACUAAAAGCAACAACUGCCUUUCAUUUUCUACAACUCUACUAUUCAGUACUACAUGACAGCUUAAGCAAUGAAAGGAAAAAGCAUCUUAGCUUUGAAAAACUUGAAGCCCAGCUUAAGGCAUGCCACUGUAGAAUAGUUUUUUCUAAAGCAAAGCCAUCUGUGUUGGCACUCUCCAUAGUAGUGCUAGAAGCUGAAGAAAAACUGCUGGAGUUGAUGGAAACAGUGGAGUGCUACAGAAUACAUUCCAAGAUAAAUAGUAGAGAGUUAUCCUUUUGGAAGGAACUGGUGUCAAAGUGCCUCACAGAAUAUUCCUCAAGCAAGUGCUCAAAACCAAAUGUUCAGAAGCUGAAAUGGAUUGUGUCUGGUCGCACAGCACGACAACUGAAACACAGCUGCUACAGAAUAGCCCACCUUCCUACUAUUCCAGAAACUGAUUUCUCAACAAUGGAAGAGAAAGUGGAGUGUUGAAUAGUGGUGUGUGUGUAUCCUUGAGCAUUAGGACUAUUUUACAUGGAAGCGGAGAAUCUGUUGGUUGUCCCUGCUGAAAGCAAAAUUCCAUGACUUUGUGACCGCACACUGCCUCUCAGUUGAGUGACUGACUGGAAAGCAUGUUGCACUGGGAUGGUUCUUUUCUGGGUUCCUCAAGAGAACAGUGAAUAUUUGAGCUUAAAAACGCUGAAAUGUGGCAGCUACUAAUCCCGAGUCCUGUGGAAACUCCAAAGAACACCAGAAAGAUUUUCGUCUGAAGCAUUUCUGUUCAAGAGAAUAUUUCCUGGAUUUUAUACUAGCACAAGUUGGAAGUAAGCUCAUUCUGGAACAAAGAACAAAAUAAUACGUGAUGGAAAUAGUGAAAUAUGUAGCAGUUUCAUAGU